UAUGCAUUGCUGACGUCAUGACGCUACUUCCGCAUUACCGGUAAAGCACUAUUCUCAAGUAAACGAAAGCGUUCUGUCUGAUUGAUUUGAAUAGUCUUGUUUUCCUCCUUGUCUGUCGCUAAUCAAAUAUGUCUAAGCCAAAAUUAAUAGUCUUCGACCUAGAUUACACCCUGUGGCCGUUCUGGGUCGACACCCAUGUUGAUCCACCUUUUCACAUUGAUGACAGCGGCAUGGUGCGGGAUUCAAGAUUUGCCAAGGUUCCCAUUUAUCAUGAUACUGAAAAGAUUUUGAGCUCAUUGCAUAGUCAGGGGUUCAAGAUAGGCAUUGCAUCACGAACCAGUGAGACGGAGGGAGCCAAUCAGCUGCUGUCACUCUAUAAACUUGACCAAUACAUUUCCUUCAAGGAGAUCUAUCCCGGUUCAAAGGUCACUCACUUUAAAAGGCUGAAAGCUGACAGUCGCGUCCAGUUUUCUGACAUGAUGUUCUUUGAUGACGAGGAUAGGAACAUCUUGGAGGUUGGCAGACUGGGUGUUCACUGUGUGAUGGUUCGUAAUGCCAUCACCUGGGAUCUAGUCAAGAAAUCACUUGAGGAGUUCAGCAAGAAGCAGUGAAGGCGUCUGGUCCUGUGGAGAUGCAGCUGCUGCAAAUGAAGAAGAACCCAUUUGCUGUGCAAAAAAAACUGAGAUGUACUGUAUAGAAGACUAGGAGGGUUAUGUUUAGUGAUUAUUUCUGUCUAAUCAACCGUUUUUAACUUAACUGACAAAAGCAAUUGGUGAAUACUUAUAAUUCUGAUUUAACAUUUAAAUAGUCUAUUAUUUAGCUCCAUUUUAAAACAUUAAAUGAAGCUUUUUUUUUUCUUUUGGUAAUUUGAGAUGCAAUUUAUUUAUAUUUUAUUUUUCAAUGUGUGAAAUUAUAAUUUGUUCCUUUAUUUAAGUGAUACACCUAAUCUUCCAAAGAAAUGCUCCUUUGCUCCAAAAAUGGAACUAAAAAAUUGUAAAACAAAAAGGUCAGUAUUUUAAUUGUUACUAUGCGUGACAGAUUUUUCAAUGGAAAAAUAGAUUUAUAUUUAUUACAUUUAAAAAACACGUGUGUUCCAUAUUUUUUGGUCUGUAUUUAAAAUGUAAUUUACUCUCUUAUUUGUCUCACUAAUUUAAUGUAUUCCUCCACACACAAAUAAUAUUUUUUAUAUAAAAGUAAAGAUUGUAGUUUUAAUUGAUAGCUUUAAAUAUACUGUAGUAUAUUAAAAUAGUUUUGUCAUGCUGUACUUGUUUAAUUAUUUUAUUUUUUAGAGUACUGAAAUAUUUGCCCAUUUAUACCAAAGUUUGGGGUUAGUAAUUUUAUUUUAUUUUUUAAAAGAAAUUAAUACUUUUAUUCAGCAAGAAAUCAUUAAAUUGAUCAUACGUGUCAAUAAGACAUUUCAGAUAAAUUCAGUUCUUAUGAUUUUUUAAUCAAAGAAUCCUCAAGUAUUUGAGUAUCCUCAAAAAAAAAAAAAAAAAUGUCUGCAGGUUGAAGCAACACCAAUAUUUAUAUUUAGUGAUAUUUAGCCCCUUAAAUGCAAAUUUUACCAGGGGAACCCCAGCAGGAAAAAAAUAAACGUAUUUUUACAUGUUUUUAAUGCAAUUUUAACAUAAUUGAGCUAGUUUUGAGUAGCAAUUGGGUGGGUUUUAUAUUGAAUCUUCAGCGAGGAUAAAUAACUUUUUAAAAAACAUUUUUAAAUGUAGGCUAUUAAUCCUCCUAGAUUAAAAUAAUAAUAAUAAAUUAAUUAAUUAACCAUAAUGUUCUAUAUCAUUCACUAAAACCAUUUUUCAAAUAAUUUCUUGGGAAAAAAAAAAAAUAUAUAUAUAUAUAUAUAUACACAUACAUGCUUUCAUUUUAUUUCAGCUAUUAUUUCAGAGUAAGAUUUCUUAUUUGGUUUAAGUAUAGUUUAAGUAAACUAAAACUAAAUACUACUUAAAAGGUAGCCUAAUUAAAAACUGAAAGCACAACAAAAUUUGUAAAAAUGAAAACAAGAUAUUACAAAAAACUGGUAGUCAAAUGAUUAAUCGCAUCCUAAAUAAAAAUAUUUGUUUACA